AUGCCAUCUCCUGCGACCCCACGUUCCUCCAACCGCGGAGCAACCGCGAAGUCGACCCCGAAGCUGGACAUCGGAGAGCCGCUCGGGGCACACGACACAAACACGGUUCGCUCCAUAGUGCGGAAAUGGCAACAACAAGGCGGCGGUGUGGUGACCAUCGAUGAUCCUUAUGCCGAUGAUGACGACGAAAAUAAUGCGAAACCAAACCCAAAGCCGAUCAAAGCCAAGGCAGAGAAGCUGGAAACCAAAGAGACCAAACCUCCGCAGGUGAGAAAGCGCAGCCACAGCACACCCCGAAAACGCGUGGUGAGCGAUGAGCAUUGGAAACGAACGCGGAAUCGAGCCUCAACCCAAUCCGCCUCGCGCAACUUGCCCGCCCCCAAACGCAUCUCUGUAUACACCAUUAACGAACGACAAACGCGAUCGUCGCGGGGAAGGGGUGACGAUAGCGAGGAUGAAUCGGAGAAAGGUCGUGAUUUGCCUCGAUCCCACGCGAAAAGAGGGGCUGGUCCCAGAUCUCCUGUUCGAGAGUCCAGAUCUGCUCGAAGGUAUAACGACACAAUCACCGAGAGCGACUAUGAAACGGACAAUGGGAGAACAGUGGAACCUUCAGUGAUAUCGGAACGGCUCAGAACGAAAUCCCCUCCCCCAGAAGAUGCAUGGGCAUCGAGCGAGGCAGACUUCUCCGAGCUGUCGAGGAGAAGAGCUCGCGGCGCACCAAAGCCGCCAAAGGGUGGUAUAUUCGCCCAUAUGAUCGAUGAAUCGAAGAAGAUAUUCGCGAAACCGGAGCCUGAACAGACAAGGCCCACGCCUACGCCCACUACAGGCCGUGGGGCCAAGAUUGAGGCAUGGCUCUCUGAUACACCCGACCCAUUCAUGGACGAGAGCAAGAGUGAUAUGCCAGCCCCUCUCGAUCUUAAAUCUGGGCGAGCAAGGCGAUCUCAAAAGCUCGCAGAUGGAGAGCCACAGACACAGUCUGAGCCGUCAAUUAUCAGUGAACGUCCCAAAAGCUCUGAUUCUCGCCCGAAAAGCGCUGUGAGCAGGCACUCCAGAGGCAAAUCAUCGAUUUCUUCGGCCGACAAGCCGAAGGCGCACGACCGCGAGACGGUAGAACCAAAACGCGCAGUCACAGACCGGAUCCCCAAGGUAUCCGUGAAGAGCAAGGAAGAGCCUCUUAUUCCACAGAGGCCAUAUGAAGAUAGUCUCGCGCCCUCGGAAUCCGAAUUACAGCCGUUCUCCGACACCGGCUCCGAGGUUUCCAACAAUAAUGCACCCGUACCCCUUGGUCUCAAGAGGCCAUUCCCGGCCACGGGCUAUCAUCGACUAUCAACAAUUGCCUCUGCAGAAACAUUAAGCACCACACUCUCAGACACGACUGAGCCCAUGCAAAAAUCUGCGCACACCGACAAACACAAAUCAGCUCUGGUGGAGGAGGCCGAAGAAGCCGAAGAAGCAGAAAAAGAAGAUCAGUUCGAUCCUGACUCUCUUCCCGUGGUUUCUUCACAACUCAAGAGACGAUUGACAACCCACAAUGAUCUUAUGUCGGUGCUAUCAGUAUCGGCUUCCCGAAGCAGAAGCAUACGGUCUAACCGGAGUAUUCGGACCAACAAGAGCCGCCUUGCUCACGCAACAGUCGAAGAUCUGCUCUAUGAGCUAUCAAGCGAUGAAUCAAAGUAUAUGCGCGAGUUGAAGACACUGGUCGGGGGUGUGAUCCCAGUUCUUUUGACUUGCGUGCUCUCCCGCUCUGAUUCGGCCAUUGCAGCAGGCCUGUUCCGGCCCUCUCUAGAUCCUCAGGAUGAUGUGAACUUCUCAAAGCCAAUUGUCAACAUGGGAGUGGCCAUUGAGCGCCUGAAGAAUCUGCACAAACGGAUUCCACAGGAUAACGCGGAUGCGUUACUUACUUGGGCCCAAGGUGCUCAAAGAGUGUAUCGCGAGUACCUCAAGGCAUGGAGACUCGGAUUCAAGGACGUGAUUGUUAACCUAGCUCCUCUCGAAGAAGAUGACCAGAUCAAUGCCGACACAAAGAGUCUGGAUGAGGGUUUGGAGCGGGAUGAAAAUGGUGACAUUGUCGACGCAGACGGAGGGAAGGUAGAUGUCGCCUAUCUACUCAAGCGGCCGCUGGUUCGGCUCAAGUAUUUGGCAAAGAGCUUCAAGGGAAUCAAUAUGCUACAGCCGUCCGCAAAAGCGGAGGAAACUGCUGCCGCCUAUCAGAAUCUGGUCAUCGAUGCCCGGAAACGUGUCCGGGACGAGAGAGCUAGAUUGGAAGAUGAUUCGGCUGCUAGUAUUGACCCAACCCGCACGAGAGACCCGAUGACCUUAGGCGUUCUCCACGGAAUCGCCAUCGACCAGACUCGCCGAGUCCGUGCCCGCGAUUUCUUCAACUUGUCAUUAUACCACUCAAGUGGACAGCUUGUGGAUUGCCGUGCUGAGUUGUUGUACCGAGACAACACCUCGAGCAAAGGCCCAGGAGGUGAUCUCCUCAUUUGCGAGAUUGACCACGCCGAUCGCUGGCUUCUCUUCCCUCCGAUGGACCUUCGAUGCGUUUCGGCUCGUAGAGGUGAAUCCAAGAAUGAGAUCGUUAUGAUGCUGCGCAGCGCUCCUGACGAUCCUACCAAAUACUGGCAAGAGUUGAUCUCUCUCCGCAUUGACGAAGAGGAAGUUGGAACCGAAUGGAUUUCACUGCUGGGAUCAGAUCCUAUCCCGCCAUCGAUUUGUCGAAGCCAAAGCUUCAUCAGCCGGGCCAAGCAGAACCGGGCUCGUAAGCCCACUACCGAUGGCUCCCCGCCCAGACCAAACCCAAGCGACGUUGAUGUUCCCAUCGGCGAGAAGGUCCGCAGACGACGCUCGUCGGCGGCAAAGGAACUCUUCUCUGAGCCAAGUACAGUCAGCUCUGCUACCGACCCAAGGAGCUCGCUGUACUCAAUCAACACUCGUGAGACUGAAUAUACUACCGGGGGGUCUGAGUUGUCUGGGAAAGCUGUCCGCCCUGAUCUACCUCUUCUUCCCUCAACGGACGCUCGGAACUCGCCAUCUAGCCCAGAGAAGACUCCUACGGGAUUGAAGCGGUCAAAGGCCAAGCGAUUCUCACGAUAUGGGGACACACCAAGUGAACCUGCCUCUCCGCAAACUGCCGCGUCUGAGAAAUCACCCGAAAAAGCGCCUGAAGAGAUCGCUACUGCAUUCCCACAGCCCAGUACACCAACAGGUGGCAGAUAUUAUGGAGGCGAGAAAGACGAGUCAUCAAGCAAAGCGUCCCCAAGAGAAAAGUCGCGCUCAAGGAUACCCCAACCGCAAAAGACACCUGUUAGGGAACCCGAGCCGGAAUCUCCCAGGGUCUCAUCUGUGCCAUCAGCUACCCUUCCGUUGAUCCCCAAGAUCCGGACCCCAAGCAGCCAAACUCACUUGUCUACUCCAACAGAACUCGGCCCUGACGAAGAGGAAGACUAUCCUCCCCUUGAAUCCUUGCCCAAGCAAGAAGAAGUUCCGGAAACACCGACGAGAACGAGAAGAAAGAAAUCUCGCAGACGUCCCAAGGAUGAUGACAGCCCUCCCCCUCCUCCACCUCAUCGGUCACCUAGCCCUGCCAACAAUAAGCGCUCCAGCGCCCCAAUUCUCACCUCUAGCCUUGGCGGACUGAAGAGACGUGGUUCUUCGCCACUGAAGCACGAAUAUGAGCCGUCAACGGCUUCAGAUUACUCUGAAACCGACUCGGAUGCGUCGACCGUGCGCCACUAUUCUUACUCCUCAUCCGAGUAUUCAAGAUCUGCUAGCUUUUCUGAUUCUGAGGAUGACUAUUCUUCCGUGUCCGAAGACGAUGAUGACUAUAACGAGACCCCCAAGCCAAGAAUACCCGAUGUAGCCACCGAAGCCAGCUCUCUCUCACCUUCUAACUCUGCAUCCCAGAGUGGCUACCGUGCUGUGCCUUUGCAGCCCACCAAAACUACCAAAGCAAUUGCAUCCGUCUUUGCCUGGUCCGACAAAGGCAGCUGGGAAACUUUGGUUCCAGACGAGUGCAGUAUCGUUGUCAGUCCUGGCCUGAUCGAGGCUUUUGCACUGGGAACCGAGCCUAACGCCAAUUCGGACUCGAAAUCAUCAAGACCACUCAUCUCUCUCGAGCUCACACCCCUUGUUCCUAUUCGCCGUGGAACCGCCAUCGAUAUUAGCAUUCGCUCCCCACCAACCGAGAGAUCCAAGAUAACCUCCAGCAACAACAUCAUGUUCCGAUCACGCAACCCAGAUGAGUGCGAUUCUCUCUACGGCCUAAUCAACCAAUCGCGAAUCAACAACCCAACAUACAUCGCCCUUCAGAACGCCCGCGGCCCCUAUAACGACAACGCACCAACCUUCGAACCCGCCACAAAGCCCGGCGGUAUAUUCGGCUGGCCCCGCCGGCGCAAGAGCUACCGCGCGUCCAGCUCCCCACGCUCCCUGGCUGAAGGCUCUGAAAGCAGCGUGGGGACAAUGAGCAGCGCCUUCUCAGCCCUCAAACGCUUCGGCACCGCAAACAAAAUGUUCAACAUCUCCCGCUCAACGAUCGAAUCCCGCCGCGAAGGAUCAAUCUACUCAUCCGACUCUAACAACCCAAACACCGGCAUCGGCCGCAUAGCAGCAGCAAUCAAAGGCGCCGACGGAAUCGGUCUCUCUAAUGCCAAGAUCCGCCUCUACGCCCGCGAAUCAGCGUCCAAAUGGCGCGAUCUCGGCGCCGCUCGCAUGACCAUCAUGCCCGCGCCACCGAAGAACCCAUCCCGUCCCAGCACUAGCAGGAGCGACUCAAGUAUUCAACCUGAUGAUCCUUCGCCCCCUGCUUCUGGGGCUGCGUCUCCGCGCCGUGCAAUGGAGGCCGAGAAGAGAAUUGUUAUUCGAGGCAAGACGCGCGGGGAGACACUGCUGGAUGUUUGUCUUGGGGAGAAUGCGUUCGAGCGCAUUGCUCGUACCGGUAUUGCGGUUUCUAUUCGGGAGGAGGAUGACGAUGCCGCUGUUGCGCAGAAGGGUGGUGUUGCUACGGGGUCUGGCAAGAUCUUUAUGAUUCAGAUGAAGAGUGAGGCUGAGGCCGCUUAUACCUUUGGACUGGUUGGGAAGUUGAGGUAUUGA